AUGACCGGAUGGAAAAUUGUGGCUCUGGGAGGAUGGUUUAAUUUGGAUGCCCGCUCCAGCGCGCGAGCGGUGGGAGUGGUUGGGAGAGAUGGCGAUGACGAUCCAUCGUCGUUGGUGAAGAGAUGGUGGUGGUGGUCCUCUGUUUCCGACAGGAGUUGGUGGGUGGGACGACGGUCCGUCGUCGUUGAAGUGGUGGCGGUAGUCGUGUUGGUGGUCGGAGGCAUGGGGAGGGUGCUUGUUGUUGUUCUUGCGGGAGGUGAUGGCAGCGAUGGUGAGGUUGAGGAAGAGGAAGAGGAAGAGAGAGGUCGGCGUGAACAGAUCGGAUAA